UGCAGAACAACGUUGCCCAGUUGCAAGAAAGUGCCUUCAACAUCUACGCCUCUGCUGCGUACUCGACACAGGGACUCUUAAGGCCCUUCGGGCCCUAUACCAUCACAUUGCGCACUGUUUGGGAUGUUUGCAAACGGCCCUUACAACUUUUUUUGCUUACUCUCAGUUGUCACAGUGUCCGGCAGGUUUUCCAGAUUUAAGUCGCAUGGACUUUCGGUGGACCAGUACCACUUAAGUGGAAGCGCUUGGCAACUGUGGUACCAGCACAUAGUGGCAUUUUGCAUGCUCAGAAGACCACUAGUUUAGUGAAACCAGUGCGGAAACGUGUUAACGGUGCAGAAAAUGCCAUCCAGUAGCGUGCCCGCCUUCUUGGCCCUUGAUAACGGCGUGGUUCUGCCCGGGAAAUCAUUCGGUGCUGUUCAGCAAACCGAUGGAGAAGUUGUGUUCCAAACUGGCAUGGUGGGGUAUCCAGAAUCCCUCACUGAUCCAAGUUACCAUGCCCAACUUCUGGUACUCACUUAUCCAAUUAUCGGCAACUAUGGGGUACCGGCAGCCAAAUGUGACGCCAAUGGACUGCCCUAUUUUUUUGAGUCGCAACGCAUUUGGGCGGCCGGACUCAUUGUCAGCGAGGAAUGCGACAAACCGAGCCAUUGGCGCAACGUGAAAACUCUCUCCGAAUGGAUGCAGGAAGAGAAUGUUCCAGGCAUUCAGGGCAUCGACACCAGAGAUUUGACGAAAAUCAUCCGGGAAAGAGGAACUAUGUUGGGGCGGAUAGUCUACACGUUGCCUAUCGACCCUAGAUCCCUAUCAAUACCUGAUCCGAAUCUCCGAAAUUUGGUCGCAGAAGUUUCGGUUAAAAAGUCAACCACUUACAACGCCUCUGGAUCGCCCAGGAUAUGUGCAGUGGAUUGCGGCCUCAAGUACAACCAAAUCCGGUGCUUGAUAAAACGCGGAGCCCGAGUGGAUGUGGUUCCGUGGAACCAUCGCCUAAACGUCGAAGAAUUCGACGGGCUGUUUCUGAGCAAUGGGCCUGGGGACCCCGCAAUGUGCGCCGAAACCAUCGAGCAGCUGAAGACGCUGCUGCAGAACGGGCAGAAGAAGCCGAUUUUCGGCAUCUGCUUGGGACACCAGUUGCUCUCGAAGGCCAUCGGCUGCGGCAGCUUUAAGAUGAAAUACGGCAACCGCGGUCACAACCAACCAUGCAUCCACCAUGGUACUGGGCGUUGCUAUAUGACGUCCCAGAACCACGGAUUUGCCAUCGACCCAGCCACUCUGCCUCCUGAUUGGGAGCCGCUGUUUACAAACGCCAACGAUUCCACCAAUGAGGGCAUCGUCCACAAGCACUUGCCCUACUUCAGCGUCCAGUUCCAUCCAGAGCACAUGGCAGGCCCGGAGGACUUGGAGUGUCUUUUCGACGUUUUCCUCCAGGCGGUGAAAGAAGGCCUGAAAGCAGCCAGGAGUGUAAAGCAGCAACUCACUCACGAGCUGAAGUUUGUGAGCGAAGCCCCAGAGAUCAGCAUGCCCAACAAGGUGCUGAUCAUCGGCUCCGGAGGACUUUCCAUCGGACAGGCUGGGGAGUUUGACUAUUCCGGCUCCCAGGCCAUCAAGGCUCUGAAGGAGCAAAACAUCCAAACAGUGCUGAUUAAUCCCAAUAUUGCAACAGUGCAAACCUCCAAAGGUCUGGCGGAUAAGGUGUAUUUUCUCCCCCUGGUGCCGGAGUAUGUAGUGCAGGUGAUCCGCUCGGAGCGACCUGGAGGAGUCCUGCUCACUUUUGGAGGCCAGACUGGCCUCAACUGUGGGGUGCAACUUCAGAAGCUGGGGGUGUUUGAAAAGUACAACUGCGCCAUUCUGGGAACCCCGAUCCAGGCCAUCAUUGACACGGAGGACCGGAAGGUCUUCUCUGAGCGGAUUGCGGCCAUUGGGGAGAAAGUCGCUCCAAGUAUGGCAGUUUUUUCCGUGCAGGAAGCCCUGAAUGCUGCUGAUGUGCUUGGGUAUCCUGUUAUGGCGCGAGCGGCCUUUUCUCUGGGAGGACUUGGAUCAGGAUUUGCCAACAACAAGGACGAGCUGGCCGCUUUGGCCACUCAAGCCUUAGCUCACUCCAACCAGCUGAUUAUCGACAAAUCGCUGAAGGGCUGGAAAGAGGUGGAAUACGAAGUGGUGCGCGACGCCUUCGACAACUGCAUAACCGUGUGCAACAUGGAAAAUGUGGAUCCUUUAGGGAUCCACACUGGAGAAUCCACAGUGGUGGCUCCCAGCCAGACCCUCUCCAACAGCGAGUACAACAUGCUGAGAACCACAGCCAUUAAGGUCAUCCGACACUUCGGAGUAGUGGGCGAAUGCAACAUCCAAUACGCUCUGAGUCCGUUCUCCGAGGAGUACUACAUAAUUGAGGUGAAUGCAAGGUUAUCCAGAAGCUCGGCCUUGGCCAGCAAGGCCACCGGGUACCCAUUGGCCUACGUGGCGGCCAAGCUGGCCUUGGGAAUUGCGCUGCCGGACAUCAAGAACUCCGUAACCGGCAAUACGACGGCCUGCUUUGAGCCCAGCCUGGACUACUGUGUGGUGAAAAUGCCGCGCUGGGAUCUCCAUAAGUUCUCCAGAGUGAGCACGAAAAUCGGCAGUGCCAUGAAAAGCGUGGGCGAGGUGAUGGCGAUUGGGCGCAACUUCGAAGAGGCCUUCCAGAAGGCCCUGAGAAUGGUGGAUGAGAAUGUGCCAGGAUUUCAUCCCUAUAUUAAACAGGUGAACAACUCGGAGCUGAUGGAGCCAACCGAUAAGCGAAUGUUCGUGAUAGCGGCCGCCCUCAAAACCGGCUACAGCGUCGAAAAGCUCUACGAGCUCACCAAAAUCGAUCGCUGGUUCUUGCAGAAAAUGAAGCACAUCAUCGACUUCUACUCCUUCAUGGAAACCAUCAACCAGACCGAGCUGGUGGCCACCACUUUGCUCCAGGCCAAACAGCUCGGUUUUUCAGACAACCAAAUUGCCAUCGCGGUGCAGAGCACCGAACUGGCCAUCCGACAGAAGCGUGAAGAAUUCAACAUCAAACCGUUCGUGAAGCAGAUCGAUACUGUGGCAGCCGAAUGGCCGGCCACCACCAACUACCUCUACUUGACCUACAACGGUCUGAGCCACGACUUGGAGUUCAACGAGCAGCACACGAUGGUGAUCGGAUCGGGAGUUUACCGGAUCGGCAGCUCUGUGGAGUUCGAUUGGUGUGCGGUUGGUUGUCUUCGGGAGUUGCGCCGAUUGGGCAAGAAAACCAUCAUGGUGAACUAUAACCCGGAAACCGUCAGCACGGACUACGACAUGUCCGAUCGGCUCUACUUCGAGGAAAUCUCCUUUGAGGUGAUUAUGGAUAUUUACAGCAUCGAGAACCCCGAGGGAAUCAUCCUGUCGAUGGGAGGGCAACUGCCCAACAACAUCGCGAUGGAUCUGCAUCGGCAACAGGCGAGGAUAUUGGGCACCUCGCCAGAUAGCAUUGAUGGGGCGGAGAAUCGCUUCAAGUUCUCCAGAAUGCUGGACAGGAUCGGGAUCAUGCAGCCCCGAUGGAAGGAGCUGACGAAAGUUGAGAGCGCCAUCGAGUUCUGCGAACAAGUGGGCUAUCCUUGUCUGGUGCGGCCUUCGUACGUUCUGAGCGGCGCGGCCAUGAACGUGGCUCAUUCCAAUGAAGACCUCAAGACCUACCUGAACGCCGCAGUGGAGGUCAGCAAGGACUGCCCAGUGGUGAUUUCCAAGUUCAUCCAAGAGUCGAAGGAAAUCGACGUGGAUGCCGUCGCUUGCGACGGCAUCAUUCUCUGCCUGGCCGUUUCUGAGCACGUGGAAAACGCUGGCGUCCACUCGGGCGACGCCACUCUAGUCACGCCUCCCCAAGACAUCAACGAGCAGACGCUCAGCAAAAUCAUGUACAUCAGCAAGUCGAUUGCCGCCUCCUUGGAGGUGACCGGCCCGUUCAACAUGCAACUGAUCGCCAAAGACAACGACCUGAAAGUGAUCGAGUGCAACGUGCGGGUUUCCAGGUCGUUCCCCUUCGUAUCCAAGACUCUGGAUCACGACUUUGUGGCGAUGGCAACGCGGGUGAUUGUGGGCGAGCCUGUGGAACCAGUGGUGGUGCUGGGAGGGUGCGGAAAAGUCGGAGUGAAAGUGCCUCAGUUCUCCUUCUCUCGACUGGCUGGCGCCGAUUUCAUGCUGGGAGUGGAAAUGGCCUCGACUGGAGAGGUGGCUUGUUUUGGGGACAACCGGUAUGAGGCCUAUUUGAAGGCCAUGAUGAGCACUGGUUUCAGCAUCCCCAAACAGUCUAUUUUGCUAUCAAUUGGCAGUUUUAAGCAUAAAAUCGAGCUUCUUCCCAGUGUGAGGACUUUGCAGAAGUUGGGGUACAAACUAUACGCCAGCUUGGGAACCGCCGACUUUUACAAUGAGCAUGGAGUGAAUGUGCAACCAGUUCAAUGGACCUUUGAGAACAUCGACAACCUCAACAAUGAGAAUGAGUUGAGUCACUUGGCCGAUUUCCUCUCGAAGAAGAGGUUCGAUCUGCUGAUUAACAUCCCGAUGCGCAACGGUGGCGCCAGAAGAGUCUCCUCUUUUAUGACCCAUGGCUAUCGUACUAGGAGAUUGGCCAUUGAUUACUCCAUUCCUUUGAUAACGGACGUUAAAUGCACCAAACUCUUGGUGGAGGCAAUUCGGCUAAUUGGCAAAGCCCCGCCCAUGAAAACCCACACGGACUGUAUGAGUUCAAGAAACAUCCUCAAACUGCCUGGUUUUAUUGACGCCCAUGUGCACGUGCGCGAACCUGGAGCCACGCACAAGGAGGAUUAUGCGUCGUGUUCAGCAGCCGCUCUGGCUGGAGGCGUCACUCUUAUUCUAGCCAUGCCCAACACCAAUCCGGCCAUUGUGGACGAAGAAGCCUUCCUGCAAGUGAAGAAACUCGCCAAAGAAGGCGCUCGAUGCGACUAUGCCCUUUUUGUCGGUGCUUCGUCGGAUAAUGCGUCGACAAUCUGCGAGCUGGCCAAUGACGCGGCCGGCUUGAAGAUGUACCUGAACGAAACGUUCACAACUUUGCGUCUCAACGACCUCAACGUCUGGAACAAGCACUUGAACAGCUGGCCGAAGCGGGCGCCACUCUGUGUCCAUGCUGAGGGCCAAACGACUGCAGCCAUUGUCUUAUUGGCCAGUUUCAUUAAUCGGCCAAUCCACAUUUGCCACGUGGCCAGGAAGGAGGAGAUCUUGAUCAUCAAGGCCGCGAAGGAGAAGGGCAUGAAGAUCACCUGCGAAGUCUGUCCGCAUCAUCUGUUUCUAUCCAGCAGCGAUGUACCCAAGUUGGGAGUGAAGAAAAGCCAAGUGAGACCAAUGCUGGUGUCCCCAGAGGAUCAGCAGGCUUUGUGGGACAAUUUGCACGUGAUUGACUGUUUUGCCACUGAUCAUGCACCUCAUACUGUGGAGGAGAAACUCAGCGAAAACCCUCCUCCGGGCUUUCCAGGUCUGGAAACCAUUCUACCCCUACUCCUCAACGCUGUCAACGAAGGGCGGCUCACUCUAGAAGAUGUCAUCAACAAGUUCCACAAGAACCCGCGCAAGAUCUUCAGUCUUCCCGAACAGUUCAACACCUAUGUGGAAGUGGACAUGGAUGAGGAAUGGGUGAUUCCUGACGCAAUGCCUUACAGCAAGGCGAAAUGGACGCCAUUUGCGGGAAAAAAGAUCAAAGGGGCCGUCCACAGAGUUGUUUUGAGAGGGGAGGUGGCUUAUGUGGAUGGAAAAAUUUUGGUUCAACCAGGUUUCGGGAAAAAUGUGCGAGAAUGGGAACGAAGGCACUUCGCCAGCAGCCAUUCGGCGUCUUUGAACGAACUGAGGCCAUCAUCUGCCCUCGAGCGCGCCGUUUCUCCAUUGCCCAACUCCCUUAUGGAAAGAUUCGAUUACGAUGCUGAUGGACCGACCAACGAAAUGUUCUCCAGACUUCUAUCUGCUGAUAACAAGUCCCAGCGUGACAAUUAUAUAGCAAAUCUUGUAAAAACUCAGGUGCAUUUCGCCGGUGAUGCUCCCGAACGCAACCUGAUCUCUCCAAUUCCUCCAUUGCGAGUGCGAACUGAAAGCUACACGCUUCAUGAAAAACAAAAAGCAAAAGGAGAUAGUGGAUUUUUGAGCGCUCCGACCAUCCAGGCGGAAGUCCAUCAGCAUUUUCCACAUGGUCUGACUGGCAAGCACAUUCUAAGUGUGGACAUGUUCACCAAAGAGCAGCUGAAUUAUAUCUUUAAUCUGGCUCAAACAUUCAGAAUGUACGUGUCGAAAGAUCGGCCGCUAGACCACGUCCUCAAAGGAAAGCUGAUGGCCUCAAUAUUCUACGAAGUGAGCACCAGAACCUGCUGCAGCUUUUCCGCAGCGAUGCAAAGACUCGGAGGACGCGUGAUCUACAUGAACGAAAGCACAUCGUCCGCUCAGAAAGGAGAAACGCUCGAAGACUCCAUAGCCACUUUAGCGGGAUACGCGGACGUUGUGGUUCUGAGACAUCCAUCACCUGGAUCAGUGUUGAAAGCCUCGCAACACUGUCGCAAGCCAGUCUUGAACGCUGGUGAUGGCGUGGGCGAGCACCCCAGUCAGGCGCUUCUGGAUGUCUUCACCAUACGGGAAGAAAUCGGCACAGUCAACGGCCUGGUGAUCACGCUCGUGGGCGAUCUGAAGAACGGUCGCACUGUUCAUUCUUUGGCCCGUCUGCUCACGCUCUACAACGUCCACCUGCGCUACGUCAGUCCUGCGAACCUGAAGAUGCCCAACAACAUCACCAAGUUCGUGGCCGGGAAGGGGAUCCAUCAGCAGGAGUUCGACACUUUGGAGGAAGUUUUGCCCGACACUGAUGUCCUUUACGUGACCAGAAUUCAACGGGAACGCUUUGAGUCACAGGAGGAGUAUGAUAAGGCAUGUGGUCACUUUGUGGUUACACCCCAGCUGAUGACAAGGGCGAAAAGACGUAUGGUGGUGAUGCAUCCCUUGCCCAGGGUGUUCGAGAUCAGCCCCGAGUUCGACAGCGACCCGAGAGCUGCCUACUUCAGACAGACGGAAUGCGGCAUGUACGUGCGAAUGGCCCUUCUGGCCAUGGUCUUGGGCAAAUGCUGAUCGCAUCAGCUGGUGUGUAUAUAAGAAAUAUAUUUAAUUGAAAAAUG